UUCUGACAGGAUGACGUUUAGCUGUGGGUAGCGACUUGUUAGUGCGCACUAGUAAGACCCACCUCCCUUCAUUUUAGCUCUACAGCACACGGUACCUCACUGCAUAAACACAGACGCUGUCUGUAUGUCAGUUCUCAUGUCAUUCAGCAGAUGAAUCCCAUCUCUGCACUGGUUUAGACAAGGGUUAAGCUGUAGCUACCGGUCAUCUAGCGCUCUGGAAGCAUCUCUGCAUGGAAUAAGGACCACACGCUGCUGUCAUGCUGGAAACAGAUCGCUAUUGUGGAUUUUUCAGACUGGAGGAAUGAUGAAUAAAUAAAAAAACAGCGACGUGGAUAAUCGUCAGGCGCUGUGUAUUAAACCGUCAGCAGUUCUCUUGAAUCAGCCGUCAAUAACAAGCGUUCAAGACGGAAGGCAUACAGGAGCACAGAGGGAGAAUCCGCGCGAACAUGAGGGAACGGGACUUUAUGCCAAACAUGGAACGGGGCAAACCGGCUACAUACACAGGAGAUAAAAAAGCUAAAAUGGCAGCUAAAACCAAUAAAAAGUGGGUGAGACUGGCUACUGUAUUCGCAUAUGUUUUGUCAGUGUCUUUGGCUGCUAUAAUACUGGCAAUUUAUUACAGUUUGAUUUGGAAACCGACGUCUGCCUCUGUGUCUGGACGGUCAGAUGUGUUGGUGACGGCUGCAAUUAUGCCCAUAAACACAAGCAAUAUCACAACAAGUGAUGUACCAACAAUUAACAAGAUGAAUAAUACACCACCUGUGAGCCUGAGAUCAACACAGACUCCCACCUACGCCCACUCCACUUCUCCACAGGGACAACUGCAAUGGGUUGACAACAAAGGUCAUGAAGGCCUUCCAAAUAUCCCCACAACAAAAACAAAGAAAACUGACCAAACAGGAACAGUUGACUCAGUGCACAUUCACGAAAAAUCAGGACGUUUCAGUUCAGCAAAAGUUAGCUAUGAGUCGAAAACUAGUAUUCUAGUAGCAGGUGCAUCAAGUGAACCUCCUUUGGCACAUGGAGCCACAUCUUCUACUAAACAAAACACCUAUGGCGGUUCUGGGUUCGGCACCCCUGAGAAUCAGCCAGAUAUUUGGGAUUCAGCCUCUCCCACAACUGACCAAGCAUCUUGGACAAGCUACAGUGCAAGACCCGACGUCUCGCCUUUGACAGAACAUGGUCUAGAAUUAAUGGAGGGUUCGUCACCGUUGCAAGAGGAGUUGGUUACCAAGGACACAGAGAAUGCAGCAAUUGGAGUGUGACAACAGAUUAUUUGUGUGGCAUGUAAUUAUAUGACAUUAUCUGCGAUGACUGUGCAGUUAGAGAAAUAACAACAGUGAACAUCAUACAGUUUCUAUUAAUUUUGUGUCUUCUUCAAGGACAGAAACUGUGUUGACCUACCUGCUUUGGAAAGCUCUUAUAAAGGUUGUUACAUUAUAGAGUUCAACAGUCAGGUUCCAGAAGUAAAAUUUAUUUUCUCCAAAGGGGAAAUAAUUUUGAAUGGUAACUUAUAAACCUUUAAAGACAGACAUACUGUGAACUACAAGGUUGUUAAUUAAAGGUGCCCUAGAAUCAAAAA